GCAUUAGAUUAUCCUUAUCAAGUAUCAUUAAUCAUUCUUUAUUCAUUAACAGCUUGUUUAGCAUUUAUUUCAAAUUUAUUAACCAUUAUCGUUAUGAUGAAUGGUAAACGUUGUAUUGGUGAUAUGCGAAAAUUUAUUGUUAAUCUAUCAAUUGCCGAUAUAUUGAUGGCAAUUUUUACCAUACCAUUUACAUAUACAAAUUAUAUGUUAGGAAGAUGGAUAUUCAUAUCGUUUAUGUGUCCAAUUGUUAAUUGUGCACAAUUGACAACAAUCGCUGUUAGUAUUUAUACAUUAAUUGCAAUCGCAAUCGAUCGAUAUGUAGCAAUAAUGCAUCCAUUACGUCAAUCAAUUUCAUGGUUCAAACGGCAUCGUACAUUCAUUGUAAUAUUAAUCUGGAUUUCGGGUGUUUGCCUGGGAAUCACACAACUCAUUGUAACCGAAACAUAUACAUUUAUUUAUAAUGGACAACAAUAUAUUUAUUGUGGUGAACGUUGGAAACCAGAAAGUAUUGAAGGACGUUUAUAUACAAUAUUCAUAUUUUCAACAACAUUUGCAAUACCAAUGUCAACACUUUGUAUUAUAUAUACGGCAAUGGGUUGGAAAAUAUUUCGUUAUCAAGGACCUGAAUAUAAUCAACGUUUAUAUUACCACCAUCAUCAUCAUCAUAUUCAAAAAAAGACUUCAAUUUUUGAUGAUGAUGAUGAUGAUGAAGAGUCAUCAAAUCAAUGUAGCCAUAUGAAUUAUCAUUUUGUAAAUAACAACAUGAUCAUUAACAAUAAUAUUAGCGAUGGUGGUAUGGUAAGAAAUGAAAAUGAUAUGAAUAUAAUGUCUAACAAUGAUGCUGAUUUCAAACAAAAUAAUAAUAUUGUGGCUGAUAUUGAUCAUAAUGACAUUCAAUUUUAUAAUAACAAUGAUCAAUGUACCGAUAAUAAACAAAUUAAAUUUUUUCCAUCGAAUCAUUUAAUACAUUGUGUUCAAUGUAAAUCAAAAAAUCAUUGUCAAAAUAAUGAUUUGGAAUUAAAUGUCAAAUAUUUGAAAUGUUCAGAUAUUGAUAAAGAUGUUUUGAUUUUAAAUGAUAAAAAAUUUGAUCAUCAACCAUUGACAAAAUCAUUCAAUACUAUAACAAGGAUAAAUUCGUCAGAUUCUGUACAACAACAACAACAACAACAACAACAACAGCAUUCGACAAAAUUUAUUAAUACUCGUCGCUAUAGGAUAUUGAAAAUACUAAUUACAAUAAUCAGUGUAUUUACAAUCUGUUGGCUACCAAUACAAUUAUUCAACAUACUUAUAUAUUUUAAAAGAAAUUUUCUUCAUGUUGAUUCUUCAUUCAAAUAUUAUGCCUUUGUUGGUAGCUAUUUUUUCUGUCAUUGGAUAUCGAUGGCACAUAGUUUUAUGAAUCCAAUCAUCUAUUCAUUUAUGAGUAAAAAUUUUCGGUCAGAUUUGAAAACAAUUUUAUUGAAAUUAUGGAAUCGAAUCAAAAUAUAUUGUCAUCGAUGAUAAAUGGUGAAUAAAUGAGAAAAAAAAUGAAUCAGAAAAAAGAGAAGAAUUCUUUCGACGAAUGAUGAUCGAAAUC